AUGGCCCGGCGGUUGCCCAGGCCCCUCGGCUUCCGCGGAGCCCGGCAGCCGUCCCAUUCCGGCAACGGAAUGAAGGCCUUUGGGGUUCUCGUGGUCUUUGCCUCCUGCCUGGUGGUCCCUGCCCACAGCAGGUUCUGGUUUCAGAAGUUGGUCAAACACAUCACGGGGCGGAGCGCCUUCUUCUCAUAUUAUGGAUACGGCUGCCACUGUGGCCUUGGGGGCAAAGACACCCCCGUGGAUGACACUGACAGCCCCAUGCUGCCUGAUGCAUGAUUGCUGCUGCGGAAGCUAAAGCAGCCCGGCUGCCAGCCCAUGCUGAAUAGCUACCGAUUCCACAUCGCCAAUGGGACCAUGGCCUGUUAGUGUGCCCUUGGCCCCAGAGUCAGCUGUCUCUGCGGGCUGUGGGCAUGUGAGUGUGACAGGCAGUCUACAUAUUGCUUCAGAGAGAGCCUGCCCACCUACGAGAAAAACUUUGAGCAGUUCUUCUCCAGCCGGCCCCGCUGUGGCAGGCGGAAGCCCCAGUGCUAG